AUGGUUGCCCACAGACGCGGCCCCUGGUCGCAGCACGAGGACCAGUGGCUUGUCAACCUCGUAGCUCGCAAUGGACCCCACAACUGGGUUCGCAUUUCACAAGAAAUCGGCUCCAGGUCACCCAAGCAAUGCAGAGAGCGCUAUCACCAGAACCUCAAGCCCUCAUUAAACCACGACCCAAUCACUGGCGAAGAGGGCGAACUGAUUGAGAAGAUGGUUGCUGAGAUGGGUAAGAGAUGGGCAGAGAUUGCUCGCCGGUUAAAAGGUCGCAGCGACAAUGCUGUCAAGAACUGGUGGAACGGAGGUCAAAACCGCAGAAAGCGCAAUCCUGAGCGUGCCGACCAACGACCCCGCGACUACAUGCACCAAGCACAGCCUGGCUUCCAUUACCCACUACCUAGCACUCUUCCUCACCAUGAAGAGCACCACCACAUGACCCCUCGCCAUGACCAGCAACGACACGACUCCCACCGACCGUCAGUACACUCGCCACAUGCUCUCAAGCUUCCCCAGCCCCAGCGAUUUGAGCCCUACCCAGCACCUCGCCCACAGCCUCUCGAUCUCGCCACAUACGGAUCACACGCGGCUGUACGAGCACGAGGAUUCGAGACGCCUAUGCCUUCACCUUCUGGAUACUCCAUCGCAUCUGCCGACGGCGCUCCUUCCCUCAUCACUGACACUGGCUCAGAGUCGAGGUCCCCCCGUGGUGCCGCUUCUCCCCCAGACAUGACACUCGCACCGCUAGUCGGUAGCCGGGAAGAGCGCAAGAACUCCAGCACCCGUUACCUCCCCGCCACUGGCUUUGCACCUGAAGACGACUCCUCCAGCGAUCCUUACCGACGCCGUGGCUCACUUCAGCUGCCUCCUCUGCACCGCAACGAGGCCCAGACUUCCAAGGCAGCCCCUUCUUUCCGCGAGCCAAACUACGAGCGCCCGCAACCACCACAACUCCUUACCCAGCCGACCCCCCAGCUCACACACCACCACUCUAUGCCUCAGUCUGCUCCCACCAGUGUACCACAACGACCACUACCACCUUUUCACUCACUCGCUGAGCCAAGGCUACCCCUGCCCCACUCCACAAGCGCGAGCAGCAGCCCGGCAUCGAGGCAACUGCCGUCCCCCUACGUCUUGCCCUCAAUGCCAGCAGAGGCACGAAGCGCACCCGUAUCGCCAAAGGACCGAAUGUCUCUGCGAAACAUCAUGUAG